UCAAGUACCCAAGUAAUAAUUGCUGGGCACGGCAAGUAAAAAUGGCCAACCACAUUACAAAACCAAAGAAAGCCAAGUCGAAGCGGACACCCGUUCGGUUACGGCAUAAGAUCGAAAAGGCAUCCGCCUCGAAGCAGCGCAAAGCUAGAAAGGAAGCGAAGAAAAACCCACAAUGGAAGUCCAAAUUAAAGAAGGACCCCGGUAUCCCAAACUUGUUCCCUUACAAAGAGAAGAUUCUUCAUGAGAUCGAGGAGGGGCGACGAAGGAAACAAGAGGAACUGCAGCGACGGAGAGAAUUAGCCAAGGCUGCGAAGACUGGUGCUGCGGAUGAGGCUGAGAACGAUGAGACGAUUAUGGAGGGUGCGGAAGAAGAUGGGUUCAGCGGCUUCGAGGACGAGGCUAUGGAUGAGGAUGGUGUGGACGAUGAUUCAAACCCUAUGGCUGCGCUCCUUGCGAGCGCCAGAGCCGCCGCCGAGAAGUACGAUCGCGAACUACAAAGCGGAGACGAGAUGGACGAAGACGAGUCGUCAGAUGACGAGGCCGACUACGAAGACGGAACCGCCGAGCUGCGCGCUCAGGCCUCGUCGCGGAAAGCUCACGAUAAGGUUUUCAAGCAAGUCGUCGACCAAGCCGAUGUAGUACUUUACGUUCUAGACGCCAGAGAUCCCGAAGGAACAAGGUCCAGAGAAGUAGAACGCAUGGUGAUGGCCGCGGCAAGUGGCGGCAAGCGAUUAAUGCUCGUCCUCAACAAGAUCGACCUAGUCCCGUCGAACGUGCUUAAGGACUGGCUCACAUACCUACGGCGAUACUUCCCUACACUCCCCUUGCGCGCCUCCGGCUCUGCCCCUAAUGCGCAGACUUUCAAUCACCGCGAUCUUACCGUCCAGAGCACUUCGUCCGCGCUCUUCAAAUCCCUGAAAUCCUUCGCCGCCUCCAAGCAGCUCAAGCGCGCCAUAUCAGUCGGCGUCAUCGGCUACCCCAACGUCGGAAAAUCGUCCGUUAUUAACGCGCUUCUCUCGCGCAUGGGAGGUCGAGGCGCGGCUGCUUGCCCCGCGGGCGCCGAGGCGGGCGUCACGACGAGCAUCCGCGCUGUCAAGAUUGACAGCAAACUGACACUGCUCGACUCCCCCGGUAUUGUGUUCCCCUCAGCGCAGGAAGGCGAGUCGUCUUCGUCAUCGUCGUCGUCUAAGAAGAAUGCCGUGGAGGCGCACGCGCACCUCGUGCUCCUGAACGCUAUCCCGCCUAAGCAAAUCGACGACCCGAUGCCGGCCGUAUCGCUGCUCCUUAAGAGGCUGUCGGCGUCGCCGGUACUCCUCCAGAAAUUGAUGGACGUGUACGAUCUCCCGCCGCUGAUAAGCUCGAACGGCGACGAGACGACGGAUUUCUUGGUCCAGGUCGCGCGGAAGAGGGGCAGGCUGGGCAAGGGGGGUGUCCCGAAUCUGAACGCCGCGGCGAUGACGGUGGUGACGGAUUGGAGGGACGGCAGGAUCCAGGGCUGGGUCGACGCGCCGGUUUUGCCGGUCGCGACGGAGAUCAGCGCUGCUGCUGCUGCUGCUGCUGGGGAUGCGGGUGCGAUGGGAGCGAUGGCGGAUCAGAAGGAGAUUGUGACGGAGUGGGCUAAGGAGUUUAAGAUUGAGGGGUUGUGGGGCGAUCAUGAGGUUAAGGAGGGGGAUGAGAUGGUGCAGUGAUUUUCUAUGAAGGCUAUGAAGAUGGACUGCGCUGGUGAUCUCUUCUGGGUGGCUUUACGGCUUUGUGGUUUAGGAGUUAUGGAAUAGGGAAAACAGAUGACGUACAUUGCUUCAUUUCUUUUGAGGCAUAGAGAUGGACUACAUGAAUAUACCACAUUUCACGUAUUGUUGGGUGUUGUGCUGUGUGGUUUUGUAGGGUGAAAAUUACACACUUCGAUAAGAGCUUUGAUGGCUUCGUGAUAUGAAUUAUGGACGUGAUAUUGAUGUGUGGACAUCUAUGAUACUUCAUGAGUAGCCAGAACCUAUCCUCCCUAUUACUACUCAUAUGCUACAUUUGCAGAAAUCUUGUUCAUAUAAGUGAAAUCGAAUUUUAUAAAUCUCCUUACAUAAAUCAAAUCAAAUCGUGACUCAAAAUGUUAUAUGAAAUUGCUUCCUUGUUGCUCUAUAAAAUUCACCUACCUCGUUAUUCGUGCCUAAGUUUCGGAGGCAUCACAAAGAAUUAUUCUAGUACGUAGGAGCUGUUGACUGUAAAUUCACGCUCAAGGGUUAUUUUUGCAACUAGUAUGCCAAAGGUGAUUCUUGUGUAGGA